AUGAAACCCGGCUCCCUGACGCAGAUCUCUGCCGGCGGGAUUGCCACUCCUUCCUCGACGGCCAGCACGUCGUCCUCCGGCUCGCCGCACGGGCAGCCGCUGUUGUAUGGCCACUCGCAGCCGCCGACGGCCCUGGUGUCGCCGGCCCUGACCGCCGGCUCCGGCAUCGAGCAUGAUGCCUUCCACCCCUCGGCGCAGCAGUCGCCCGGCUACCUGCACCAGCAUCCGGGCCAGUCGCCGAUGAUGAUGGCCCCGGGGCCGGGCGGUGCCGCCGGGCCCAGCAUGGCCACCUCCCCGGUGCAGCACCCCUUCGCCGCGGCUCCCGGCAUGGUGUACCACCCGGGUGGCCAGUAUCCUCCCCAUCAUGCGGGCGGUCCGACCGGCGGCAUGUACACGGCUGGCGGAUCCGCCAUCCCGGGCUCCGGCCUGGCCGUCACCUCGCCCCUGGUCAUGCCGUAUCCCGGGAGUAAGGUCGGCCCGAAUACCGGCGGGAUGGGCGGCGGCGGCAGCAGCAGCAGCAGCAGCAGCAGCAGCAGCAGCAGCGCCAGCGCCCCCUGGUACAGUGGGCUCAUGCGCUUCGCGCCCCGGAUGCCCGAUCGCUUCGGCCUGCUGGCUGGCUGCACCAUUGGCGUCAUGGGCUCCUUCCUGCUAUAUGGCCUGAUUCAGGAGCGUCUGAUGACGCGCCCCUAUGCCCCUGGCGUUUUCUUCCGGGACACUGCCUUCCUUGUGCUGUGCAACCGACUGGUGGCCAUUGUCAUUGCCCUGGUGAUGCUGGCUCGGCGCCGGGAGAACUGGCGCCCGAUGGCCCCCCUCAGCAGCUUCUUCCUGGUGUCCAUCACCAACGUCCUGGCCACGUUCUGCCAGUAUGAGGCGCUGAAGUAUGUCACCUUCCCCACGCAGACUCUGGGCAAGUGUGCCAAGAUGAUCCCGGUGCUCAUCUGGGGCGCGCUGGUCCACCGCCGCGACUACUCCUGGCGCGACUACGCCGUGUCGCUUGGUGUCAUGACCGGCUGCACGAUCUUCCUCACCACCGGUGCCAUCACCUCGACUUCUACCAACGCCCCCUCGCAGGACUCGCCUCUUGGCCUGGCCCUGGUGUCGAUGUACCUCUUCUUUGAUGGGUUCACCUCGACUUUCCAAGAGCGCCUCUUCCGCGGGCACUCGAUGUCCACCUACAACCAGAUGCUCUACGUGAACAUCUGCUCGGCCAUCAUCAGCUUUGCCAUGCUCAUCCCCGGCGGGCGUCUCAUCCGCGCGCUCACCUUCGCCUCGGAGUACCCGGCCAUGCUGCGCGAUGCCUCGACCCUUUCCUUUGCCGCGGCUCUCGGGCAGAUGGUCAUCUACCACACGAUCCGCCUCUUCGGCGCGCUGACCUACAGCACAAUCAUGAUCACUCGUCAGGUGGUUUCGCUCUUCCUGUCGGCCAUGCUCUUCGGCCACUCGCUGACUGGCUGGCAGUGGGUUGGUGCUGGGUUUGUCUUCGCUGCGCUGUACUACCAGGGCUUCGUGCGCAACUCCAAGCCCAAGAAGCAGUCUCUCCCGACGACGGCCGUCGGCACAAGCGGCACCAGCACCGCGGCGACUGGCGGUUCUGGCCGCAACAAGCUCCGUAAGGCCCUGAGUGGCGUCGGGUCCACCACCCCCGGCGAGGCCCGUCCUACUCCCCCGCUUUCCUCCAACAUCGCCAACAGCGAUAACAGCUUCGAGAUGACCCUCCUCCAGACAGGAGGUCCUGGCCAUUCGUCCGAACGUCAGACCCCGCUCUCGGCCACCGGCGGCCACAUGUCGGCCAUGCCACAUCAGCAGGCCGUCCGCUCGGCUGUCUGAUGGUGCCCCAUGUUCC